GCUCGCAGCCUUCGUACCAGAGGUACGAUGAAUGAGAACGAUGAGAACGGACCGUCCGCACGCGUGACGCGGGCCAAGACAGCUGCCCUCACCACCGAUAUCUCUGUCGAGGGAGCAAAGAAGGCCUUGCAGACCAAGAAGACCACAACCACCGCCACUGGACCUACCCGUCGUCGAGCUGCUUUGGGCGACGUCAGCAAUGUGAACAAGACUGAAGGUGUUGAGGCAAAGGAUGGGAAGAAGCCCGCUGCUAAGGCCCUGGCGUCCAAGUCAACUGUUCAGACUGGUGGAGUGCAGAAGCUCAGCCGCAGCAACACAUCACGAACUUCAGCACUGCGCCGUCGCGACCCUAACCCCAAGAAUGCUCCUGCUACCGGACCGCAAAAGCGCCCCAACCCCAAGGCCCCACUGGAGGAGACUUCGCAACCUGAGGGACCUCCUCGGAAGAAGCCAGAGAUUGAGCAGAAGGUUGAGGAGAAGGAAAAGGUUGGGCAAGAGAAGCCGGUAGUUAAUGAACCUUCUACCAAGGAGCUCAUCGAGGCUGGUGUGCAGGAUCUUGACACGGAGGAUUUGGAUGACCCGUUGAUGGCUGCUGAAUAUGUGGUUGAGAUCUUCGAUUACCUCAAGGACCUCGAGGUCAUCACCUUGCCCAACCCGGAUUACAUUGACCACCAACCCGAUCUCGAAUGGAAGAUGCGUGGUAUUCUCGUCGACUGGCUGAUCGAGGUCCACACUCGCUUCCGUCUCCUUCCUGAAACCCUGUUCCUCGCUGUCAACAUUAUCGAUCGUUUCCUCUCCGCCGAGGUUGUUGCCCUCGAUCGCCUCCAGCUCGUUGGUGUCACCGCCAUGUUCAUUGCUUCCAAGUACGAGGAGGUUCUCUCUCCACACGUCGCCAACUUCAGCCAUGUCGCCGACGAGACCUUCUCGGAUAAAGAAAUCCUUGAUGCUGAACGCCACGUGCUUGCUACUCUCGAGUACAACAUGAGCUUCCCCAACCCCAUGAACUUCCUGCGACGUAUCUCCAAGGCCGAUAACUAUGAUAUCCAAACCCGCACUCUGGGCAAGUACCUCAUGGAGAUCAGUCUCCUUGAUCACCGUUUCAUGGGUUACCCCCAAAGCCACAUCUCCGCUGCUGCGAUGUACCUUGCCCGCCUCAUCUUGGAGCGUGGACCCUGGGAUGCCACCCUCGCUCACUACUCCGGAUACACCGAGGAGGAGAUCGAUCCUGUCUUCCAGCUGAUGGUUGACUACCUCCACCGUCCUGUCUCUCACGAAGCCUUCUUCAAGAAAUAUGCCAGCAAGAAGUUCCUGAAGGCUUCCAUCUUGACACGUCAAUGGGCCAAGAAAUACCACCACCUGUACGUCGACACCACCGAAUCGCUCAGCUACGCCAAGGACGAGCAGUAA